AUGGCGCUGACGCCCCAGCGCAGGUCCUCUUCGGGACUGAGCAGACCGGAGCUUUGGUUGCUGCUGUGGGCAGUCGCGUGGCGCCUGGGGGCCACGGCGUGCCCCGCCCUCUGCACCUGCACCGGCACCACCGUGGACUGCCAUGGCACAGGGUUACAGGCCAUCCCCAAGAACAUCCCACGGAACACCGAGCGCUUGGAGCUCAAUGGUAACAACAUCACACGGAUCCAUAAGAAUGACUUCGCUGGGCUCAAACAGCUUCGAGUGCUGCAGCUGAUGGAGAACCAGAUUGGAGCUGUGGAGCGCGGAGCUUUUGAUGACAUGAAGGAGUUGGAGCGACUACGGCUGAACCGCAACCAGCUGCACGUGUUGCCUGAACUACUGUUCCAGAACAAUCAAGCUCUAUCCCGACUGGACCUGAGUGAGAACGCCCUCCAGGCUGUGCCCAGGAAGGCUUUCCGGGGAGCCACAGACCUCAAAAAUCUACAACUGGACAAGAACCAGAUCACCUGCAUCGAGGAAGGAGCCUUCCGUGCCCUGCGGGGCCUAGAGGUUCUGACCCUGAACAACAACAACAUCACCACCAUCCCCGUGUCCAGUUUCAACCACAUGCCCAAGCUUCGGACCUUCCGCCUGCACUCCAACCACCUGUUCUGUGACUGUCACCUGGCCUGGCUCUCGCAGUGGCUGAGGCAGAGGCCCACCAUCGGGCUCUUCACCCAGUGCUCCGGGCCUGCCAGCCUACGGGGUCUCAACGUGGCAGAGGUGCAAAAGAGCGAGUUCAGCUGCUCAGGCCAGGGGGAGGCCGCGCGAGUACCUACCUGCACCCUCUCUUCCGGGUCAUGCCCAGCCAUGUGCGCCUGUAGCAGUGGCAUCGUGGAUUGCCGUGGCAAAGGCCUCACUGCCAUCCCUGCUAACCUGCCUGAGACCAUGACAGAGAUCCGCCUGGAACUGAAUGGGAUCAAAUCCAUCCCACCAGGAGCCUUCUCUCCUUACAGAAAGCUGCGUAGGAUAGACCUGAGCAACAACCAGAUUGCUGAGAUUGCACCCGAUGCCUUCCAGGGCCUCCGCUCCUUGAAUUCCCUGGUCCUCUAUGGCAACAAGAUCACCGACCUGCCACGCGGUGUGUUUGGAGGCCUCUAUACCCUGCAGCUGCUGCUUUUGAACGCCAACAAGAUCAACUGCAUCCGGCCUGACGCUUUCCAAGACCUGCAGAACCUCUCUCUGCUCUCCCUGUAUGACAACAAGAUCCAGAGUCUCGCCAAGGGCACCUUCACCUCGCUGCGGGCCAUCCAGACGCUGCAUCUGGCCCAGAACCCUUUCAUCUGUGACUGUAACCUCAAGUGGCUGGCAGACUUCUUACGGACCAACCCCAUUGAGACAAGCGGGGCCCGCUGUGCCAGCCCCCGGCGCCUGGCCAACAAGCGCAUUGGGCAGAUCAAAAGCAAGAAGUUCCGCUGCUCAGCCAAAGAGCAGUACUUCAUUCCAGGGACGGAGGAUUACCACCUGAACAGCGAGUGUACCAGCGAUGUGGCCUGUCCCCACAAGUGCCGCUGUGAGGCCAGCGUGGUGGAGUGUUCCAGCCUGAAGCUCUCCAAGAUACCCGAACGCAUCCCCCAGUCCACGGCUGAGCUACGAUUGAACAACAAUGAGAUCUCUAUCCUAGAGGCCACGGGGCUGUUUAAGAAGCUCUCACAUCUGAAGAAAAUUAACCUGAGCAACAACAAGGUGUCAGAAAUCGAAGAUGGGACGUUCGAGGGUGCUUCCUCUGUCAGUGAGCUGCACUUGACCGCAAACCAGCUGGAGUCCAUCAGGAGUGGCAUGUUCCGUGGUCUAGAUGGCUUACGGACCCUGAUGCUCAGGAACAACCGCAUCAGCUGCAUUCACAAUGACAGCUUCACGGGACUGCGCAACGUGCGGCUCCUGUCACUGUACGACAAUCACAUCACCACCAUCUCCCCUGGAGCCUUCGACACCCUUCAGGCCCUGUCUACACUAAACCUCCUGGCCAACCCAUUCAACUGUAACUGCCAGCUAGCCUGGCUGGGUGACUGGCUUCGGAAGAGAAAGAUUGUGACGGGGAACCCGCGCUGCCAGAACCCCGAUUUCCUGCGGCAAAUUCCCCUGCAGGAUGUGGCCUUCCCUGACUUCAGGUGUGAGGAAGGCCAGGAGGAGGUGGGGUGCCUGCCCCGCCCACAGUGCCCCCAGGAGUGCGCCUGCCUGGACACCGUGGUCCGGUGCAGCAACAAGCACCUCCAGGCGCUGCCCAAGGGCAUCCCCAAGAACGUCACAGAACUCUAUUUGGAUGGCAACCAGUUCAUGCUGGUUCCCGGACAGCUGGCUACCUUCAAGUACCUGCAGCUUGUGGACCUGAGCAACAACAAGAUCAGCUCCUUAGGCAAUUCUUCCUUCACCAACAUGAGCCAGCUGACCACGCUGAUCCUCAGCUACAAUGCCCUCCAGUGCAUCCCUCCUCUGGCCUUCCAGGGGCUCCGUUCCCUGCGCCUGCUGUCUUUGCACGGCAAUGAUGUCUCCACCCUCCAAGAGGGCAUAUUUGCGGACGUGACGUCUCUGUCUCACUUGGCCAUUGGUGCCAACCCCCUGUACUGCGACUGCCACCUCCGGUGGCUCUCCAGCUGGGUGAAGACUGGCUACAAGGAACCUGGCAUUGCCCGCUGUGCUGGACCCCCAGACAUGGAAGGCAAACUUCUGCUUACAACACCUGCCAAGAAAUUUGAAUGCCAAGGUCCCCCCAGUCUGGCAGUUCAGGCCAAGUGUGAUCCCUGCUUGUCCAGCCCAUGCCAGAAUCAGGGCACCUGCCACAAUGACCCUCUUGAGGUAUACAGGUGUACCUGUCCCAGUGGCUACAAGGGCCGAGACUGUGAAGUGUCCCUGGACAGCUGUUCCAGCAACCCAUGUGGAAAUGGGGGAACCUGCCAUUCCCACGAGGGCGAGGAUGCUGGCUUCACGUGCUCCUGUCCCUCCGGUUUCGAAGGGCCGACCUGUGGCGUGAACAGAGAUGACUGUGUGGAGGGUGCCUGUGCCAACGGGGGUGUCUGUGUGGACGGUGUGGGCAAUUACACCUGCCGGUGCCCUCUGCAGUACACAGGAAGGGCCUGUGAGCAGCUGGUGGACUUCUGCUCCCCGGAUCUGAACCCGUGUCAGCAUGAGGCCCAGUGUGUGGGCACCCCAGAUGGGCCCAGGUGUGAGUGUGUGCCAGGUUACACGGGUGACAACUGCAGCGAAAAUCAGGACGACUGCAGGGAUCACCGCUGUCAGAACGGGGCUCAAUGUGUGGAUGAGGUCAACAGCUACGCCUGCCUCUGUGCCGAGGGCUACAGCGGACAGCUCUGUGACAUCCCACCUGCCCCCAGGAGCCCCUGUGAGGGGACUGAGUGCCAGAAUGGGGCCAACUGUGUCGACCAGGGCAGCAGGCCUGUAUGCCAGUGCCUGCCAGGCUUCGGCGGCCCCGAGUGUGAGAAAUUGCUCAGUGUCAACUUUGUGGACCGUGACACUUACCUGCAGUUCACUGACCUCCAGAACUGGCCUCGGGCCAACAUCACUCUUCAGGUCUCUACAGCAGAGGACAAUGGGAUCCUCCUGUACAAUGGGGAUAAUGACCACAUCGCAGUUGAGCUGUACCAGGGCCACGUACGUGUUAGCUAUGACCCGGGCAGCUACCCCAGCUCCGCUAUCUACAGUGCUGAGACAAUCAACGAUGGGCAGUUCCACACUGUUGAGCUGGUCACCUUUGACCAGAUGGUGAACCUCUCCAUCGACGGCGGCAGCCCCAUGACCAUGGACAACUUCGGCAAGCACUACACACUCAACAGCGAAGCCCCCCUCUAUGUGGGAGGUAUGCCUGUAGAUGUGAACUCAGCUGCCUUCCGCCUCUGGCAGAUCCUCAACGGCACCAGCUUCCACGGCUGCAUUCGGAAUCUGUACAUCAACAAUGAGCUGCAGGACUUCACCAAGACGCAGAUGAAGCCGGGAGUGGUGCCGGGCUGUGAGCCCUGCCGAAAGCUCUACUGCCUGCAUGGCAUCUGCCAGCCCAAUGCCACCCCAGGGCCCGUGUGUCACUGUGAGGCUGGCUGGGGGGGCCUGCAUUGUGACCAGCCAGUGGAUGGCCCCUGCCAUGGCCACAAGUGUGUCCACGGGAAAUGCGUGCCCCUUGAUGCUCUUGCCUACAGCUGCCAGUGCCAGGAUGGGUACUCAGGGGCUCUGUGCAACCAGGUCGGGGCUGUGGCAGAGCCCUGUGGGGGCUUGCAGUGCCUGCAUGGCCACUGCCAGGCCUCAGCCACCAAAGGGGCACAAUGUGUGUGCAACCCUGGCUUUUCAGGCGAGCUGUGUGAGCAAGAGACCGAGUGCCGGGGGGACCCUGUCCGGGACUUUCACCGGGUCCAGAGGGGCUAUGCCAUCUGCCAGACUACGCGCCCGCUGUCGUGGGUGGAAUGCCGGGGCGUGUGCCCAGGCCAGGGCUGCUGCCAGGGCCUACGGCUGAAGCGGAGGAAGCUCACCUUCGAGUGCAGCGACGGGACUUCAUUUGCUGAGGAGGUGGAGAAGCCCACAAAGUGCGGCUGUGCCCAGUGUGCGUAA